GUACACAACCUACCAACCCUCUUCCCAUUUGAGCUUAGGCAGCAGCCGGUGUAUGAUCUGUACUGUUUUGUCGUUUUUUUCCUUAUUUUCAAGAGCAAUGGCGGAAGCACGUGAGAGAACCUUCAUCAUGGUCAAGCCCGAUGGCGUACAAAGAGGGCUCGUAGGAAAAAUCAUUAAACGCUUCGAACAAAAAGGAUUCAAAUUAGUCGCCAUGAAAUUCAUGUGGGCUAGCGAAGAACACCUAAAACAGCACUACGCAGAUUUAGCCGGCAAACCAUUCUUCCCAGGUUUAGUGAAGUACAUGAGCAGCGGACCGGUCGUCCCAAUGGUCUGGGAGGGUUUAGGUGCUGUCAAGACAGGCCGCGUAUUGCUAGGCCAAACCAACCCGGCUGAUAGCGCACCAGGAACUUUGAGAGGCGACUUGUGCAUUCAAGUUGGACGUAACAUUAUUCACGGCUCAGAUGCUGUCGAAUCUGCCAAGAAGGAAAUUAACUUGUGGUUCAACGAGAAGGAAAUUGUAAGCUGGACUUCGGCUAGUAACUGCUGGGUGUAUGAGGAUUGAAUGUAUUAGUAUUUAAUAAAAGUUCUAUAAAUUUUUAA